UUAGGUCGGCGCGAGAGCGAGACGAUGGCGCAUCGAUGCGCCGCCGCCGCCGCCGGGGGCUGCAAAUCGAUUGGAGGAGGUAGGUGGAGCUGCCUGUCAGUGUCGAUCGAUGACGACUCCAGGAAAUCGGGAUAUUUGGGGGGCUAGUGGUCGAUCGAGAGAGGAAAGCGCUGGAUUCAGCGGCUGGGGACUACCAAGUGGCAGUGCCGUGCCGGAUCUCCAGGAUUGGUGCGGGAGAGGAGUAGCAAUCGCCGGCAUUUAGCUUUCGGAGGGAAAUUACUCGAAGUAGGUGUUUGUGGAAAUGAGUAUUUUAGUGCGUGACACUUACGCGAGCUCCCCAAGUUUCCCGUGACCGGCAUAGCGAUAGGAUGAAUAUCAAAUCCGGGAUCCAGGGACAAAAAUUCUUAGGGGGCUUUUCAUUUUCUCGGGGUUGACUCGCAUCAUCAAGUCCAGUGCCAGGGUCGCGGUUCGGUCCACGCUCGAGAAACGGGAUGAUGUCACUGGGUGUUGAUCGACUGGUGCUCCACCGGCUGGGAUUGGUAAGAUGGGAGAUAUCGAGAGCAAUGGCGAAGCUUACAACGGCCACAAAGUCAUGGAGGUCCUGAGGCCGCCUUACAAGAGCUCCGCCAGCGCUUUCGGAGACACUGUCAAAGAAACAUUUUUCCCGGAUGAUCCCUUUCGGCAAUUCCGCCAUCAAACCGCGGCGACGAAGUUUGUUCUGGCAAUGCGUUACAUGUUCCCUGUGCUGGAUUGGGGAGCUAAGUAUAAGUUCGCGGAUCUCAGAGCGGAUCUAGUUUCAGGACUGACAAUUGCGAGUCUCUCCAUACCGCAGGGCAUAGCAUAUGCAAAACUUGCAAACUUGCCCCCGAUUUAUGGGCUCUACUCGACAUUUCUACCGCCGUUGCUCUAUGCAAUCAUGGGAAGCUCGAGAGAUCUUGCAAUUGGACCGUCAGCGAUAUUGUCACUUGUUUUGGGGACUAUGCUGCGUCAAGAAGCUGACCCUGUCAAGGAGCCGGAGCUCCAUUUGAGGCUUGCCUUGACUGCAACCUUCUUCACAGGUGUCAUCCAAGCUGGUCUUGGAGUUUUUAGGCUUGGAUUUCUUAUUGAUUUUCUUUCACAUGCUACGAUUGUCGGUUUUGUGUCUGGCGUGGCCGUUAUAAUUUGCCUGCAGCAACUCAAGGGAAUUCUCGGCCUACCGCAUUUCACCACAAAAUCGGACAUUAUCUCCGUUCUCCAUGCUGUGUUUGAACACCCGCAACAGUGGAACUGGCGUACUAUUGUCAUUGGAGUUUGCUUCGUGACCCUUUGCUUGGUGACAAAAUAUAUUGGAACAAGAAACAGGAAGUACUUCUGGCUUUCAGCUGGAGCGCCAAUGACGACAGUUGUUGUGACUACGUUUUGCACAUAUAUUACUCAUGCAGAGAAACAUGGUGUGAGCAUCGUUGGACACUUGAAAAAGGGCCUGAAUCCCAUUUCAACGCACAAGCUGUUUCUUACGGGACCAUAUGUCUUGGCAGCGGUAAAAAUUGCUGUGGUGGUGGCAGCUAUUGGACUUAUGGAAGCGAUAGCGAUUGGGAGAACGUUUGCGUCCAUGAAAGGCUAUGAUAUUGAUGGCAACAAGGAGAUGAUAGCGUUUGGUGUCAUGAACACUUGCAGCGCGUGCAUGUCUUGUUAUGCUACUACAGGGGCUGUCUCUCGUUCGGCUGUGAACUUCAACGCAGGUUGCAGGACGGCAUUUUCCAACAUCGUCAUGUCAUUUGUCAUCAUGGUUACGUUGCUGGUUCUCAUGCCGUUAUUCCAUUAUACUCCCAACGUCACGCUCGCUGCCAUUAUCUUUGCUGCUGUUAUUGGGCUGAUUGAUCCAUGUACCGCGUACGAAAUUUUCAAGGUGGACAAGAUCGACUUUCUCGCUUGCAUCGCUGGUUUUCUAGGAGUUAUCUUCAUUUCUAUUCAGAUGGGGCUUGUGAUCGCUGUUACCAUUUCUCUUGCGAGACUUAUACUGCAAAUGACAAGGCCACACACGUCACUCCUGGGUCAAAUACCAGGGACGAACGUUUUCAGGAACAAAAAGCAGUACCCAGGCACGAUGAAAACGGAUGGCAUUCUUGUGAUUCGAAUCGAUGCAGGCAUUUACUUUUCAAACGCAAACUACAUCAGAGAAAGAGUCUUCAGAUGGAUAGCUGAUGAGGAAGAAGCUAACGGGAAAUCAGGACAGUCUUCGAUUCGCUAUGUGAUCAUCGACUUAACCCCGGUGAUGAACAUUGACACAAGUGGGAUCCAUGGCUUUGAAAACAUCCAGAGAAUCUUGAAAAGCAGAGGUGUUCAGCUUGCGUUCGCAAAUCCUGGGAGUGGCGUUUUUGAGAAGCUGCACAAGUCCAAGUUCAUGGAGUCUCUCGGCCAGCAGUGGAUGUUCCUCACGGUGAGCGGGGCCGUGCAAGUUUGCUCAUCGCUACUCGCCAUGGAAAACAAGGGCCUGGCGGAGUAGAGCGAUUCGAAGAUUACGCACACAUUUGUGCGUAUGUACAGGUAAAACAGCGGUGUAUUUUAUGACCCCAACAUUUUGCAAGAAAGAUGGUCAAGUAGUAAAAUUUCUACGCUCUUCGAUGCAAAUGGAAAAAACAAGUACAUUGUUUAGUGGCAUUCACAAAGAAGAAAAUUACAAGAAAAGUUUUGACCACGGGGUCAAUGAAUAAGAACCAUUUUCUUCUUUGUUUUUCA